AGUCUGUUGCCAACUCCUAUGUAACACUGAGCAUCCCAGGAUCACGCACUGCAGGCUGCACUCUCAUCACACCUCCCUCCUUCUUCAGAAGAUAACACAAUCCUAAAAAGAGGUGAGUGGCCACUCAGUUUAACCCUUUCACCACCAAUGAACUCUCAGCACUGCCAUUAUUGCAAAGGGUUCUUACUAAAAUCCACGCUGUUGAAAGGGUUAAGGCCCCAUGCCAUCGUGAUCCCACCUGCUAACUCCAAACUUAACCCUUUGAGUGCGAGAGAACCAGCAGCCCCGUGGCACCCAAAGGGUUAAUCGCCCAGGCGCCACAUUCUAAUUGCCAUUUUGUAUUGGAAGGUCAUAUGGCGUUUGUUGGUAUCCAGAGUAUUAACCCCUAGCAUCUCAGAUGGAAUAGUGAGGGUGGUAAAAAAAGAAAUCAUGACUCAAACAGUUAAUUUAAUUAAUAUCUGUUUGAUGUCUAUCUGUGAGAGUAUGCAUUAGACAGCAAAUGUUAAAGAAUCAGUUUUAUUGGAGGGCAGUUUUUUUUUUUUUUUUACUUUAUGGGGUUCAAUCUAUUCUACUCAGUACAGUUAUAAAAAAAAGGGGGAGGUCUUGUAUUGUAUUAACCCUAUAAAAAGCAGAUUAUCACGAAACCAUCCACUUCAGUCAUCAUUUAGGUUAAUCAUUAAAAUAAUGUGAAUUAUUCCCUUUGGAUCGAAGUGUCAGUAGUGAUAUUUCUCUGUGUAAACAUUAGAUCCAGAAUGUGACUUGUUUUUUUGUAAUUUUUUUCUUUGUGUGCACUUUGUGUAUAUGUUAAAAUGGUUCCACUAUGUACAUACAAAUGUGUUUCAAGCGUCUUGCAAUAAUCACUUUAGCCUAUCGACUUGUAGCAGUGUUCAAACAGAAUGAGGAGCCCAUUAAGUUACAUUAACAGAUUGCUGCAGCAUAAUGCUCCGCUCUGUAUUGAUCGCAAAAUGUCUGUAAAAUAUUGUUUCAAAUGUAUCUAUUGUUCUAUUGCUACUCUGUCACUUUAGUGACCUUGAUGUGUUCCCAAACAGCCAAAUGAGCUUUUGAUGUCUGUUAUUAAAUUAACAAGUUUUUACCAAAUAUCACUGGGGGGUAGGCAGCAUAAUAAAAGGGGUCAAUAGGGACCAUAAUGCACUAUAUUUUUAUUUUCUGGUUCCAUGGUUUAAAGGACCAGCUCUCAAAAUGCAAAAAACACAGGCAGAGGGCUGUAUAGAUUAGACAAAGAGGGCUAUAUGCUCAAACAAUGAGACAUUAAACUGGCAAUCUAAAAUCAGCAAAGGGUGGUACAUGUGGUUAAAGUUCAGUGUUUUAUUUUUGUACUUCAAUAUCCCUUAUUUUAAUCCAUCCUUAUGUGACCUUUACAACCAACACAGUACAAUUUUACAGAAAAUCAGAUAAACAAGAUAAAAUAUUUCAACUUAUAAAGAGUAUGGGAGAGACAUACCCUGUCCCUAAAAUAUAAGUAUAUUAAUAUAUUCUGUGUAAUCUAAUGAGAUCAUAGAACACUCAGAAAACACUUAAAUUAACCCAAAAUAUGUAACUUCACUGGUCCCAUGAGCAAUACACUUGGCAAAUCCUCAUAUCUCUCCACGCACAUACACAUAACUUAAUAUACAUGGAUACACAGUAAAGGUAUAAAGUAUACUUGAAUGAGGCAACUUUAGUGCAGGAGAAAUAAAUGCACAAUUGGGCCUAUAUCAGCCAGUUUUGUACUUUGAAUCUAAGUGGAACAUUAAUAGUGAAUUCUCCAUAUCCACAUAUAUGUGUUAAUUUUCCUCCCAAUUAUCAGUGUAUCCCAUACAUUAUAACGUUGCCUCUCUGAUAGUGGGGUGAAGCAUGAGAUUUCUCAGCACACUGAUGCUUUUAAAUAGGAAUAUACUGUGAGUUAACAUCACCAACAUGGCCACCACUUCUAGAACCUCUUUAUAACAUAAUACAGGUUGUAGGGAGGGCAUUAUUAUACACCUGUAGGCAGAAUGACCAAGUCACUUGGCAUGCCUGUCCUGUUAACCCUUCUAAUCCCAAAUGUCUAUUGUCAUCUCUUAAAAAACUGAAAGGGUUAACCCUGGCUGUUACAGAAGCAAGAUGACACUGUCAACUCAAAGCAUGCUUAACUCCCCUGAAAGCAAGCUGCCUGAGAAUGCUGAUAGGUGCAGUCCAAAGCAGUUAGAGUCCAUAGGCUUGUCUAUUAGCUAAGUGGAAAUUCAAACAAUUAGUGAUUUAUUGCAAUUCAUCAAUGGCCAAUGUUAUCAAUAUACUUUUGAGAUAUAAUUCCCUGUCUUGUGCUGAAGGUGGCAUCUCCAGCACAUAAAGGGUGUUCUUAGCUGGCCAACACACCUCUCCCCCCAUUCAUCCCAACUGGCCUUGCAGUGUCCCAUAUCAUCAUUAUUAGAAAAUGAAUGGGGCCAUUAAUUAUUAUUAUUUUCAUUACCCAAGUCAUUAUUGAGUGGGUUAACCUCUUACCUCCCACAUGGAACUGACACUGCUAUGUUCCAACAUACUUCCUUUCCAGGAAACAGUGGGAUUUUCUAAAAAUGGGUCUGCCCCAGGAGCUGUAAUCUUUGAGUCUGUUCCUGCUUUUGAGCUUCUUUGUUGAUAAAAGAGUAAAGAUCAGAUUUUCAUCAAAGUUCUAUUAAGUGAAACAUAGGUUGUAGGCAGACCCUGAUUGAAACAGUUUAAAUUUUAAUUGUGUUUUUAAUUUGACAUAUAGUUGAAGAAAGGAAUGACACUACAACGCCAAAGGCCGGUCGAUUUUCUUAAUUUCUCCCAGAGGAAUUGAUGGGUUUAUCAGGCAACUAGAUUGGAAAGCCAUUAAAGUCUUCUCUGCCUGGGCUGUUAAUUGGAACUUGAUGGAUGAGGUUAGUCAGGGUACUAGGCAAUGCUGAUCCAAUCUUUAGGACUUUCUGUUUUCCAAUAAAUUACCCAAUUCAUUUUCCAAGCACAGAUUACAUAAAUUCUACACCUCUAGGGCUCUGGGUUUUAAAAAAAAAUAUAAAAAAAAAAUGACCCCCCUCCUAACCCCCUCCUUGUAGCAUUGUGCCACAUACCAUUUGCACCAAAAUAUGUUCUGAAUGAAAAUCGAAAUAUAAUCAACGUUUAUACUUAGAAAAUUUAUUGCAAUCAUUUUCUCUGGUAAUUUCCUUAUUUUAAAGUUUGGACAUGUCAUACAUCAUCAUAUCCUCAGCCCCUGUACAGGGAAAAAAAUAUUCUGUGUUUAAUAUUUAGUAUAGCUUGAAUUCAAGAUCAAACACAUUUAUGACUUCAUCUGUCAUUUACUCACAUAGACUUCUUCCAAUAUCAGAUUCGAGCAACAAGCCUAUUUUCUAACUGCUGCAGAAAAAAAAGAAGGCAAAAAGAUCAAUUUUUAUUACAGCUUUGUGAAGGCUCACAGCUACCUUGAUAGCAGGCUGCAUUGCUGAUCUGAUACAAUCUAGCCUUUAACCCCUUCUAGUACAUCAAUGAGUUUGCUCUAAACUCCCACCAAUAUAAUAAAUAGAAUCUGUCAUUAAACAAGCUCUUUGUCACAAGUGGGUUUAAAGCACUGGCAAUAAAAUAAAAUAAUAAUAAUAUAAGAAGAUACUUAACUUGAUUUAAUUUUUCUAGUAUAAAAAAUAUUGUAAAAAAAAAAAAGUAAUUCAAAAUAUUACGGAUGGCUGCACUGCGAAACAGGCUUUGUUAGACAUAGCACAUAUUUAAAUUCAGCUAACUCAAACACAUUUAUAAGACUUUUAAUCAGGUUACAAGGAAUUUCCAUCACACUAUUUAUAGCACCAUUUGCACCAAAGUAGUAGUGGUUUAAAAGAACUCCUGUCUAGGUGAUUAUGUUUUUUUCAUUUUUUCAUUUUUGACCAAACAUGGCUAUUUUAGCUUGUAGUUUGCAAAUAGGUUGUAAACUCAUCACAACUCCCUGUUUAGUGCAGGGAUGCCAAAAAGGUAGAUCCCCAGAUGUUUUAAAACUACAGCUUCCAUGAUGCUUUGGCAUUCUACAGGUACGCAAAGCAUCAAGGGCAUUGUAGUUUUACAACAAUAGGAGAUCUACCUUGUGGGCACCUAUGGUUUAGUGAAACUACCAAAGAUUUUAUCUAACUUUGCCAUUUUGCCUCAAAUUGCCGGUAAGCAGAGUACAACUCCCUGUUUAGUGAAAAGACCCCAAUAUUUAUAAUCUCUGGUGGCUAUAAUGUGGGUUCAUGUUGGGCCAAAACUACGCUGAUAGUUUUGGUCUGGGGCAAGGGUAGGCAACUUUCGGCACUCCAGAUGUUAUGUACUAUAUCUCCCCUGAUGCUUUGCCAGCAUUAUGGCUCUAUGAGGACUAUGGGAGAUGUAGUCCACAACUUUUGGAGUGCCAAACAUUGGUCCAGGGACUUACACUGUGCCAAACGUUACAUUCUAGGCCGAAAUAGCAAAGCUUGAAAAGUGUCUGAGUUGGAUAACUUUUCCUAAAACUUUGUCAAUUUGGAAAGUUUGGAUUACUAUUUACGGACAUCUUUUCAAUUUCUGCUAAUUGAGUGCAUAGCAUAGGGUUAACACGGUAAAUUGUUUUAUUUUCAUUGCACAGCUGUAAACAUGUGCCUGAAAAUGUUGUUACACAUUGUUGCCAUUUCUACAUUUUUACACAUUUAUUCUUGAGUAGCUCAUGAAAUAAACUUUGGAGCCAUACAGUUUAUAAGGCUGGAUUUAUUUUGAAUUGCAACCUACUCUGGCCUUUAAAUGGUUAAGGCCGGAAGUUGUGCUCCUAAGCUCUCCUUGAGAAAUAGCUGUGUGAUCAGACUCAGCUUUAGUCUUGGAUCAGCUUGCAAACUGAGAUGCAAAAAGGAUUCAACAAUCAUCUUGAGUUACAAUUGCUACACUCUCCUCUCCGCCAUUCCCGCCCCAGUUUCUUGCACAUCUAAAUAUUUCAUCACACCUGCAAGAAUAUGUGCAGAUGCCACACUGUACAGCUUGCAGUUUUUAUGGGUCCUUCCUGGCUCAGCAGUCUGCCAUUGGAGUACAUCUGGAUUAUGUAAAAUACUAGAAUGGCAAAAAUGAUGGCACCGAUCAAACCAUGCAGGGUUAUUCACUAAAAAGUGAGAAAUUUCAAAGUUUCACAUUUAAGGUCAAAAUAGCCGCACUGGAAAAAAAAUCUAUGUUUACAGUUAGGCUACUCUGGUCUUAAACUUUAAAUUCAUUUUGGAGUCCCGAUAUUGCACAUUAUGGUGAGUUAAAAAACAAACAAACUAAUCUUAAAGGGACACUACAGGCACCCAGACCAAUUCAUCUUAUUGAAGUGGUCUGGGUACAGUGUCCAAGUCCCCUUAACCCUUUCAUUGUAAUUAUUGGAGUUUUUGAUAAACUGCAAUAAUUACUAUCCAGGGUUAACUUCACCUCUAGUAGCUGUCUACCAGACAGCCACGAGAGGCACUUCAAGGUCCUUAGCAGACUUUUGGUCUGCUAAAUGACACUGGACAUCCCCUCACGCUUUGCAUGAGGUCAUGCAGCGUCAGCUAAAACCACAUAGGAAAGCAUUAAUUCAAUGGUUUCCUAUGGGGUAGUCCAAAUGCGACUGCGGCCCUUGCCGCGCAUAUGCAUUAGGUCAUCCUUGCGUCUGACGUCGACCGUGGAGCUGAGCCUGACCCAGCACUGAAGGACAAUGACUCUGGAAUCAGAUAAGUGACAGAAGGGUUUUUAAACCCUCCAGCAGCACAGAGGAAGGGGGCAUUUUAGGUCACUAUAGUACUAGGAAAACAACUUUGUCUUCCUAGCUGUAUAGUUUCCCUUUAAGUAAGACAGGUGGGGAGCUCACAUGGAGAAUGCCCAGUCAUCAAUGUGGUUUUGAAAUUCCAUGCCUAGUGGCCCCCACCAGCCUCAUGUUGAGCAAGAUCCUUAACAAUUAGAAUGUAACUGUACCCAAACAACAUGGAGAGAUGUACCACAGUGUGUAAUAUGUUGGUGUUUUAUACACAAUAGUAACACAUUACAUGACAUGCUGUUUGCAUCAGUCCUGGUGGCGUUUAGCAAAUGGUGAAUUGUGGUGAAUCAACAAUUGAAUUGCAAAAUGCAGGCCACAAAUAGCAGUGCUGAGUCUAGCUUUGGUGUAGUUUUGGAAUUCUCUUGUUAAUUCUCUAUUUACUAAAUAAAUUCUGCUUUUCUUCAGUUGAUAUUUUAUAACGUAUUGUUCCCGUUAGACACUAUUGCUAUAGUUUCACGAGCUCUCAGUAAUUCAGGGUGCUAACUUAAUAUUGUAUAGGAAUGCUGAGAUGAUUUGUAUCAUUAGUACAGCAAAGGCUUCUGUAAUUAAAUUGCCAUCUUUCUUCUGUUCAGAGUUAAGAGCCGAACUACAAUUCUUAAAAAAAUUAAUGAUGGCAUCAUGCAUAGUGGUAUUUUUGGUAAAAAAAAGGGAAUAAUUGCAGACUGAGAGGUACGGGAAAAAAUGUUGGGCUAAUUAUUAUUCUAAAAAAACCUGUAAAAAUUAAUAAAAUACCCACGAGGUCACUUAAAGUAACCUGUAACCUACGCUACACAUUACAACUAAUGUUUGGGUGCUUGUAGUGUCCCUUCCAUAACUGGUAAGCAAUGCAAACUGUUUAUCCCUCUUUCAAGUUUCCGUGAUACUUGAUUUUAAUCCUGUACAGUUUGGAUGGAUGGAAAUUUUGUUGUUGAAGAAAGAGGUGAUGUGACCAUCCUUCUUACUUCUCAAUACAACAAGCUAAAUAUAGAAGUAGCUCCUUUGAGACACCUCUUUAUAAGGAUAAUACCUACUCAUUCAUAAAUAUAAAAUAAUCUCAAAUAAGCACUAUUGCUUUUUUUCCAGGCCAUUUUAAUUACAAGCUAAAGUCAUGUGAAACAAAGUGAGGGUACUGAUAAACUGAAACACUGUGUUGCCAUAGGAGCAGAAAGAAAAACAAACAAACAAUUUUUAAACACUUUUUGUUUUGGUUUGUUAUUGGUUUAAUUUUAUGGAGGAAAAAGAAUAUCAAAUGGCAUCUGUUCACAAUCUUUUUUUUAAUGAGCUGGAGUAUAACAUUGAAGGGACACUAUAGUCACCAGAACCACUACAGCUUAAUGUAGUUGUUCUGGUGUCUAUAGCCUAUCCCUGCAGGCUUAGCUCUGUAAACACUGCUUUUUCAUAGUAACACCUCUAGAGGCAGUCACUUAGAUGGCCACUAGUGGUGCUUCCUAGUCCAGUGCUGCGCAUUGUGCAGCACUGCCACUCAGUGUCUCCACGCUCUGCAUGGAGGAGCUGAAUGUUCCUCUAUGAGCAGAUGGUGAUUGGCGCUUCCUAUGGGAAAGCAUUGAAUUGGCUGAGAUCAUCAAGAUUGAUCAUCUCAGUUAUGGAUGCAGUACCAGGCGGGGCAAGCCACAACAAAACCAGCGCAGAGUGGGAGAAAAUGUAAGUUUUAACCCUUUCAUCUCCACGGAGACAUUUAUAUUCUUGAUACUAUAGUGUUCCUUUAAUGUUAUAGCUAUAUAUACAGCAGAACAUUUAACACUGAAGAAUGCAUAGCAGAGGGAGGCAGUGCUUCUUGUUGCCUCCCAGCAGAAUUAAACUUUUAUAAGCUUCCUGGAUGGAAGGAGAGAUCUAAUCACUUUAACUGUUCUCCGUUCUUCGUAUUAAACAAGGCACGCAUUGGAAGGGAAUCCACUUCUGGAGUGUGUGUCUCAGUGACUCUAGAUAUGAUGUGUCUGAAAGAUGAAUAAGACAUUGAUUUGUAGAGUAUGCUUAGUUACAAUGUUGGAAAACCAGCCUGAAAGGCCUUUGAGCUUCUCUCUUCAGCUGACAGAUGUGCUCAUUUAACAAGCUGAAACUGAAAUGGGUGAAUAAAACCUGCCCAUUUAGCUCUGACAGGGGAGAUUUCACGGCCUGUCUAAAGAGGUUGUAAAUUCUUUCCCCAAUGUUGCAGCAGCAAACUUGCUCAGUUUCAGUCGCUGCGGGCGAAGACCUCCUGCUCCCAGCAUAUGCCUCUUUCUAAUGGCCGUACUAGAUGCUAUUGACUGGCAAGCAGAUCAAGAACCGUAGUCAGUCUAUGACCUUUAAUGAUCCCUAAACACAUCUCUUUGCCCCAGGAUAGGGGGAUGUACAGCAUUGGUGUUGCUGUUCUAUAAACGACAAUGAUUCCUAAUGUAUUUGCAAUUAAUUGUUUGCUAAUAUCUUUUUGUUCGUGCAUGAAUACAUCAGAAGGAUGGGUAUUGAUGGGGGUCAGUGCUCUCAGCCUAUUCACUGAAGAAUGGAUUGUCGAGAAUUCAGAGUGAAUUUCAAAUUUCGUACCACAAUAGCCAAGUCAGAUAUGCUUUCAGUUUGGCUAUUCGCCAUUUAAUUUGAAAUUCACUGUAAGGAUUAGUAACAAAAUUAGUAACGAAUUGCAUGAGCUUAAUUAAACAGAGAUUCUAUGUGUUUCUUUAAGGUCGCUGUACUACCAAUGAGUCCCGAUGACUCUCUGGCUAUUUAUUUUUAUUCAAAGAAUUCUGGGAGUUGUAAGACAUCAAUGUUUGGGAAGGGGCAGAUGUUGUGUUACCAAAUCAUAUAAGUCUUAAAUGGUGACUUAAAAAGUUAUUGGAUCUCGGUUCUGUGUUGAUGCAACCAUCAAGCUUGUGUUUUCAUUUCAACUGACAUUAAUUGUUGUAUACAAAUGUACAGACACUAACUUUCCUUGCUAUGUAUACCUUUCUCAUAGGAACACCUUGGUAAACCCUUGGAAAAGGGCAUUGCCUAUCACUGGCUUUAAGAUUGGUGUUUAGUAUUUGUAGGGCGUGAGCAUCAAUCCAUUUUUGAAAAGACAAAUCUGAACACAACCUCUCAUUCAUGCAGUGCUUGUCUGUAUAAAAAUACCACUUACAAUAUCAAUCCAACAAAGACUGAAAAGGGCUUUUUGAAUCUCUUUUUGCAAGUCCGCAUGGCAGCAGAUCUGUCAUCAAAGUGUAUUCUUUUUUUUUAUUACAGUACACACCAUAGUUCCAUAUUGAAAUAUAAAUAAGUUGCAGAAAGAGCAGUUUUGGGCUCGUUAUUCACUCUUUUAAUUGUGAGCUACUGCUGAACAUGUGUGCAUGCUCAUUUUACAUAAUAAAAUACAGGUUGUGCCUAUUGGUAAUGGGAGAAAAUACAAGACUGACGAUUUAUAAAAUAAUUGAAUAUAAUUCUAAAAAAAAUGAUUCCCUGAUUGUUUGUAAUAGUCCCAAAUAGGUCAUUAUGAUGGUUCUGUUAUAUUAGGCAAUUUUACAUGCCAUUUCCAUUUGUGUUAUACAAUGAGUUGAUUUCAGCCAUUGCUCAAAUUAUUAAAAGAUGGAUGAUAAUAAAGAGGACAGAAGAAGUUUGUUAUUUUUAUGACGCACAUUUCUGUGUCUUGGGGGUAGUCCUGAAAGACGUUAUGUAGCCCAUAGUUUAGGUAAUUAUUAUUAUUAUUAUUAUUUUAUUAUUUAUAAAGUGCCAACAAGUACCGUAGUGCUGUACAAUGGGUGGACUAACAGUCAUGUAUUUGUAACCAGACAAGUUGGACACACAGGAAUAUAGGGAAUAGAGGCCCUGCUCAAUGAGCUUACUUGCCAGAGGGAGUAGGAUAUACCAUGUUUCCCCGAAAAUAAGACCUACCCCGAAAAUAAGCCCUAGCUGGAUUAUCGGGGUGGGCUGCAAUGUAAGCCCUACCCCGAAAAUAAGACCUAGGCAGGGCCGGCGGCUGCCGGCCCUUUAAAUGCCUCAGCCGCCUGAGCGCUCUAUAGAGAGCGCUCAGAUGGCUGCCACACUGCCUCACCUCCCCUCCCCUGUAGCGUGGCCGAGCUCCUCUCUCCGGUCCGCGACCCGCCCGGACUGACAGGAAGUGCACACUGGGUGUGCACUUCCUGUCAGUCCGGCCGGUCGCGGACCGGAGAGGAGCUCGGCCACGCUACGGAGGUGAGGAGAAGAUUGGAGGGGGGGGAGUAUUACAGGGAGGGAGGGGGGAUAAUAUUACAGGGAGGGAGGGGGGAGAAUAUUACAGGGAGGGAGGGGAAAUAUUACAGGGAGGGAGGGAGGGAGGGGAGGGUCUCUGGGGGGGUUACACAGCGCGGACACCGGCUGACAGACUGGCUCUAAGCCCUACCCUGAAAAUAAGCCCUAGUGUGUUUUUUGUGACUAAAAUUAAUAUAAGACCCGGUCUUAUUUUCGGAGAAACACGGUAGUGACACAAAAGGUAAGGGUAGGGUGGAAACGUAGCUUGCUAGGAUAGUGUUCAUUAAGGGCUUAGUUUUUUGUUUUGAUGACAGUUUCAGGAGAGGUCUAUGACGUUGUAACAAGAUUAAAAAAAAAAAAUAGAUAAGUACAAAAAACAUGCAAGUAAUUUUUAAUGACGAAUUUGAAGAUGCAGGAUGGCAUGGAUCUCAGCUCUUUUGAAGUCCAACAGUAGGGUAGUUGCGAGUGAGUAGAUGAUCUUCUCGCAUUUCACGAGUCAUGGCCCCAUGUCCUGCUUUACUACUCUUAGUGGUAGUUCUGGGGUGACGGCUGACAUCCACAGAUUACAUAGUUACAUAGUCCUGUUGAAAAACAAAAUUAGAUGGUCAACAUUUCCAAACUCAGAGUCCCCCAACCUCAUUUCUAAUAAUCCACCAUGUUUCUUCCAUUGUCUUUGAGGUCUUAAACAUGCGUAAGUGGUAAACUUUGGGUUUUUUUCCCAGAGUGUCUCCUUUUCUUUAUGAUUAAUCACUUUGUUACAUGUAAGUGUAAGCCAGUGCAUUGAAAUGUUAUUAAUCAAACCUUCAAGGGUAAAGGAUGCAGUUUUUCAAAUCAACACAUUAAUUAAUAGGUGCAAACUCUGAAUCCCUCCUCUCAAAUGAUGCUUGAGCCUUUAGGAUAUUCUCGAUGCCCCUUUCUCUUUAUUCAUCCCUUUGUGCAUUUUAAUGGCUUGCAGCAAGAUUGACAAGUAAUUGAUACAAAGACUUUAUCACACAUUUAAUUAGUUUAACGCCUUACCCUGACAAUUGAAAAUCAAGGCCUGGACGUUUCCUGUGUUCGAUUUAUUUUGUUACUGAUCAAGGGCUGGCCGUUUAAUUAACUGCUACAGUAUGACAUGUCAGAGAGCAACCAAUUAGGUAAAAGAGAUAAUCUAGUUUGAAUAACCAUUUGUAUAUAUAUAUAUAUAUAUAUAUUGGCCCUCAUUACUUAAAGGAACACUGUAGCAUUAGAAUACAUAUUUAUAUUCCUAACACUACAGCCCUUAUGCCCCUUGUUAAUAAGCCCACCCCAACGGUGUAAAAAAACAAAACAACGAAUAACGCACCUCCUCCUCAGGUUUCUCCAUCCAAUGCUCCUCAGAGAGGAGUGUAGGCGCAUUGGUGAACGUAGGUACAUGCAUGGUGUUCACCUCAUAUACAAUUCCUCCAUAGAGAAUCAUUGUACUCAGUGAUUCUCUAUGGCUGUAUGUUACAGUAGGGCUGUAUGGUACGUUAUGAGAGCCAGGAAGUAAGAAUUCCAGUUGUAAUACCCAGAGGGCUUAGAGGCGUGGCUUGAAGUCCCACUUCCAUGCAUUCUAUUCAGUUUAACAUUGGGUUUCGGGAGCUAGGGCAGGGUGACCAGCACUGAAAGCACUAUAACAACUUCAAUAAGAUUAAAUUGUUAAAAUGCCUACAGUGUUUCUUUAAAUACCUUGAAUCAUUUUCGUUCAACAUGACAAUACUGACAUACAGUUGUAUUAUGUGUAGCGUGUAGAUCCAACUUACAGGCCACCAGCAACAUGUGGCUCUCAAAUGUUUUUGCACAUGAUAGCCAUAAGAACAAAAAACAAAAGUGCUUUAGCAAUAUUGAUAUAUAUAAUAAUUUAGACUCCUGAUCUAGACUAUCCUCUAGAAAAAUGUUGAUCAAUAAUAAUCUAAACGUACCCUACCUAUGAAGAAAUAUCUAUAUUUAAUUCCUGCUAUAAGUAGCUCUAUGAAGUGAAUUAAUGCAUGCAGGUUAGAAGGAAGCUGAUUGAAGACCCUCUGUAGAGCCUUAUAAAGUAUAUAAAUAAAAUCAGAAACCAGAAUAUUACACAGCCUUCACUCUCCUUGUAGCCAGUGAUUAGUAUUCAUUCUCUUAGGGAGAGAUUUUACAUCCUCCCAUUCACACGCAAUAUGUAACCAUACAGCCUGACAUCCGUCUACCUUUCAAGACUUGAAAACCUCUUAUUUCAUCCAAAGUCCAUUUAGAUCCCUUCAAGGUUUAACCGAUUAUCGCUGGGAGGCUAUUCUAUGAAUCUACGUCUCUUUUAUUCAAAGUAGACCUGUCUUGAAUAUGUAUAAAUCUUGCAGUACUCACAGGGUCCUCUUAAUCUCAAAAUAAGUGCCACUCUGUUAGUCAAUACCUUCAUCAAAAGGCAGUCCUGACUUGUCAAGCAUAGAGAGGAGGCCUGCUUAGUGCAUUUUACCAUGUAAAUUAGAAGAAGAUGCACUUACCAGACUCAACUCAAGUUUCUGACUGAGCAGAUUCCUUGGGUUGAAUAACAAUUGGUAUCUGACUCCUUUAACCAUUUGAGUAGAAGAGACACACCGCAGAUCUCCUAGCACCUGAAGGGUUAAUCAUUAAGUAAAACAAAGAAACACAUUUCAUUUCCAAGAUUGUCGGAAAAGCACAGGUCAUUAUUUGUUGUUCGAAUUUUAGAAAAAAAAAAAAAAAGACUUUUGAUUAUGACAUUUUAAAGACAGAUAAUGAGUAGGUGACUAGCGAUCUUCCUAACUGGGCAAUUACUUCUCAUGGUUUUGUAAAUUUCUAAAAAGAGGAAUUCUGCUAGUUUGUUUGAUGGCAGAAUUUUUUUUAAAAUAAAACAAAACAUUUUUCCCAUUGUUUUUAUCAUCAACAUGGAGAACUUGGAGUAGCUCUGUUAAUCAAAAAAUGUCUUCGCACAAUCAUAUAGCAAAGUAAGGAAAAUGUUUAUUUUUUUUCUCUGUUUGAUAACAUUAGGACUUUGUUUCUUUUCCUUACUUUAUCUAUACCAGGUGCUCUUGAAGGCACCUUUCUCACUAUUUUUACGUUUAUUUGCUUCAUAUUAAGUUUAGUUAAUUUAGCACUCCGGUUUCUUUAUUGAGGUAACCGGCAUAUCAUUGCCAGUUACACUUUAUGGAUUGACAAUCUGAUUCCCUUUUUACCGGAGACCGGUGAAUGGACUGGAUGUGUAUGGACAGGUUAUGUAGUGGUAUUCCCACAGGUUGCAGCUAUUUACUCCGUGUUAGUUACUUCUGUUGAUACAUGGACACAAUACUGUAUUGGAUCUGGUUAUGAUACAUUGAUAACUACUUAAGUAAUGGACUUCUCGAUUAAGUCAGGCUGUCCUAGCUAGGGUAUAUGUGUUUUUGGUUUAACAAUAAAGUAUCUGCGAGAUUUUUAAUCAUGAUUAGUUUGUCCAUCGUAUGUCAUACUUGAUAGUGUUGGAACAGAUUUUCGCCACUCUUUUGUUAUUAUUUGUUUAGGGUUACCCCCUUAUCUGUUCAUAUUGAUAUUGGGACAUUGAUCUUCUGGCCAUUAAUUUAUUUAUCAUCAAGAUUGAUGUUCUCAGCCAUGGAGGAAGGUCCCGGCGAGGCCAUCCACGACAAGACUGGCACGGCUGGGAAAAAAGGUGAGUAAAAUCACUUUUUUACCGGCACAGAGAGGAGGGCGGUAACCUAAACAGCCACUUCAGCAUUAUAGUGUCAAAUGCAUGUUUGUAGAACAGUGAGAUCCUUCAUAGACAAUGCUUGAAUGCUUGAAUCCCAUAGUCGUCACUUGUGACAGUUGCUGGGAUUUAACAAAAGCUGACAGUGAAACUCUACCUUCUGUCAACCUAAGUCUUGCCCAGAAGACAAAGUAGUCGUUACAUUGUCCUAUGAUAUCUUUGGAUUAUGUAUUUCAGUGAAUUUCCAGCACAGUCUUGAUCAGUUUUUCAAUAUAUCUUCAUGAAAUACUGCAAAGUGAUAGAUCCGCUUUAAGAAGGGAAAAUUGGUGGUUUUACCUAUCCGUAUUUACUAUUCUUCAUUUGUUUCAUUUUUUAAUUUUGCUAUUUUUGUCAAAACUGUGAAAUUCUAUUGUCAAUUUUCCAAUUUAGAGUAGAUUCAAAGCUCAUUUCAAAUUUUAGGUAAACUGAAAACAAAGAAAAUAAAUUGGAGAUUUUUUUUUUUAAUUCAGCUAUUUUGUUCUACAAGUAGAAAUUUAGAAGUUAAUGAUUGUAAGUGUAGCACUCUUCAUCAACCAAUUUGCUUAUUUUCUUAAAGGAACAAUACUAAAAUACUAUAGCUUCCUAAAAAGCUUUAUGUGUGCAGUGUGUGUGCUAGUUUUUUCAUUUUGCAAAAAGAGCAGCUUUCAAUAGAUAUUGACUCUUUUUAUAAAUGAACCUUGUUACAUCCCCAGUGGCUGUCAAUCAGACAGCAGAUCCUGUUACUUCCUAGUACAGUUAGCUCAAUGGAGCUAAACCUAAGACGCAGCAAUAGCUCAGAGCACCUGCCUUGCAAAUUCUUAUUGGGAAGUCUGUGAUUGGACAGCCACAGAAACUCUUGGUGGGGUUAGAAGGGGAGUGCAGCGGACAAAAGACCUACAGGUUUUGCAAGUUGUUUUUACAUAUUCCCCCAAUUAAAUGCAUGCAAAUUUCUAUUCGGCUAUAUCUACUAAACAGGGAUUUGUACUUUUUUUGUACAGUAUUUGGACAGUAGCGUGUCUCUUUAAUGUCACAAUGCUGCAAAAUAUCUAACAGCAUUUUGAAUUAAGUAUUUUAUAAAGGCGUUAACAUCUAUUUAUUAAGCAGUCACUUCUACUGAGCUAUUAAAGGAAUACUCCAAGCACCAUAACCACUACAGUGCACUGUAGUGAUUAAAGUGCCCUGCCAGGGGUGCCUUGGCACCAGCUUAGGAGCUUCCAUUAGCUCUCCUGAGCUAAGCCCUCCAGGGCAGUGCAGGGCUAGCUCAUUGGCUGAGAGCAGCAGCUGAUUGAUCUCAGACAGUAAGCAAAGCCUUGCAGCUCCAGUCAUAAUUCAUUCAUAAUUCAGGGAGCUUACAGUGCAUUGCCAGAAGUAGUGGAAGAGGGAAGCAGCAACUAGCAAAGUGCAAGGGCACCAUAACCACUACAGUACAAUGCAGUGGUUAUGGUGUUUGGAGUGCUCCUUUAAUAUUACUAAUAAAACUCCAUCUUGUUCCACAGUGCUGCACAGUUGAGAGCGGAUUUGUAAAUUGCAAUUUACAGUUCAGACAUGGUGAAGAGUUAUUCCUUCUCUACUACUUUAGUCUGAUUUUUUUUGUUACUAUAUUUACCCACAUUCUAUUUUAGGCAUAUCUUAUUCAUCAUGGUACAACCCGUAAAGGCAGAAUACAAUAUACUCACAGAUUCCACAUGGUGCUGUCCUUGAAGGAAUGAAGGAUUGUCCAUAUAUUUAUCAAAAUAACCUAUAAACCUCUGCUAGCUAUGAUAACCCAUAAACCCCUGCUGGCUAUGAUAACGUAUAACCCCCUGCUGGCUAUGAUAACAUAUAAACCUCUGCUGGCUAUGAUAACCCAUAAACCCCUGCUGGCUAUGAUAACGUAUAAACCUCUGCUGGAUAUGAUAACAUAUAAACCUCUGCUGGCUAUAAUAACCCAUAACCCUCUGCUGGCUAUGAUAACCUAUAAACCCCUGCUGGCUAUGAUAACCUAUAAACCUCUGCUAGCUAUGAUAACCCAUAAACCCCUGCUGGCUAUGAUAACCUAUAACCCCCUGCUGGCUAUGAUAACGUAUAAACCUCUGCUGGAUAUGAUAACAUAUAAACCUCUGCUAGCUAUAAUAACCCAUAACCCUCUGCUGGCUAUGAUAACCUAUAAACCCCUGCUGGCUAUGAUAACCUAUAAACCCCUGCUGGCUAUAAUAACCCAUAACCCCCUGCUGGCUAUGAUAACCUAUAAACCCCUGCUGGCUAUGAUAACCUAUAAACCUCUGCUAGCUAUAAUAACUCAUAACCCUCUGCUGGCUAUGAUAACCUAUAAACCCCUGCUGGCUAUGAUAACCUAUAAACCCCUGCUGGCUAUAAUAACCUAUAAACCCCUGCUGGCUAUGAUAACCUAUAAACCUCUGCUAGCUAUAAUAACCCAUAACCCCCUACUGGCUAUGAUAACCUAUAAACCCCUGCUGGCUAUGAUAACCUAUAAACCUCUGCUAGCUAUAAUAACCCAUAACCCUCUGCUGGCUAUGAUAACCUAUAAACCCCUGCUAGCUAUGAUAACCUAUAAACCCCUGCUGACUAUGAUAACCUAUAAACCCCUGCUUGCUAUGAGAGACCAUGUAAGUUUAUGUAACUUUUAUGGCAUGUUUACACUGUACAAGUUCUUGUAUGGUCAGUGAGAUGCAGAUAUCCCCUCUGUAAUAUCAGACUGUAGGGGGUGGUAAAUAUCUGCAAUCACUUUAAGGUCAGUGCAGAUGACUUAAACAUUUUGUGUGUGUGUGUGUUUGUAUGUAUGCGUGUCUGUCUGUAUGUAUGUGUGUGCCUGUAUGUAUGUGUGUCUGUCUGUUUGUGUGUCUGCCUGUUUGUAUGUAUGUCUUUGUAUGUAUUUGUGUUUGUGUGCCUGUCUGUGUGUGUGUCUGCCUGUAUGUGUGUGUGCUUGUCUGUUUGUAUGUAUGUACGUGCGUCUUGUGUGUGUGUGUGUCUGUAUGUAUGUGUGUCUGUAUGUAUGUGUGUCUGUCUGUCUGUGUGUCUGUCUGUAUGUAUGUGUCUGCCUGUGUGUAUGUGUGCCUGUCUGUUUUUUAUGUAUGUGUCUUUGUAUGUAUGUGUCUUGUGUGUGUGUCUGUAUGUCUGUGUGUCUGUAUGUAUGUGUGCCUGUCUGUCUGUAUGUAUGUGUGUGAGUGUCUGUAUGUGUGCCUGUCUGUUUGUAUGUAUGUGUCUGUGUGCCUGUAUGUGUGCCUGUCUGUUUGUAUGUAUGUGUCUGUGUGCCUGUCUCUGUGUUGGUCUGUAUGUUUGUGUCUGUGUGUGUCUGUCUGUAUGUAUAUAUGUGUGCCUGUCUGUUUGUAUGUAUGUGUCUGUGUGUAUGUGUCUAUAUGUGUGUGUGUGUCUCUCUGUAUGUGUGUGUGUGUCUGUCGGGGGGGCCCACGGAUCAUUUUCGCACCGGGACCCCAUACUUUGUGUGUACGCCACUGGACAUGCCUCAGCAGCAAUUGGCGAUUGUGAUUGGCUGAGAGUGUCAGCUGACUGCUUCGAGCCUAUUGCAGAGCAUGUUGCUGGUAUUUAUUGGUGUGGUUAGAAGGAAGUGUGUAAUCUCUGCCUUAGUCCUACUUGCAAUAUGGCCCAGGCUGUGAGCAGCCAGAGACCCUUAUUUAGUGUUAAACUGCUGAAAAAUGGUUUAACACUGAAUGAAAAGACAGCGGCAGGGGACUCCACACACUAUAAUCAAUUCAAUGAUUAAAUGUUUAUAGUGCCUACAGCGUCCCUUUAAAUUAGUUGCAAAGCCCACUAGGUGAACUAUCCACAAGUACCACUUUCGCCUCCCUCUCUUCCUAAAAAUCUCCAUGCCUUCUUACCCUGCACAACAGACCUACUAGCCAAUAUGCCUUCUGGGUUGCCACUCAUAGCUUCUGGCUGACUCCCCUCUUCCCUACUAGUCACUGUGGCUGUCAUGACUGGAAACGCAACCUAGUCAGACAUGAACGGACACCAUAUGCUAACACACUUGCUAAUUAUAAAUGAAUAUUUUAAUACAUGGUGGAGGGAGAUGGGGUUUGUUACCGUGUGGACAUUGGAUUGCAUCAAAUAUCUCCCUUUGUAUCACAGUGCUUAAAUUGGUCAGGGUCUAAUGCUAACAUUAUUUCUACAGAUUGAUACAGGAGUGGGACCAGUUUGAACCUGUGACACAAAAGCAGUCAUCCACAUUCCUACUGCAAACAAAGUAUUAUUCAUUAAUAUUUCAAUCUACCUGAGCUAUUCUAUUUACUGUAUGUGUCAUUUCACCCUCUGAAAAUAGCCAUUAACAGGAGACACCUGGACAAAAACUGUUAGAUAUUUUAGAGGAGAAUAGAAGGAUAGGAACUGGUAUGAAGCAGCCUUGGUGGGUGAUAAGAGAGAUUAGGUUUAAAAAAAGAAGCAUUUUGUAUUUUGGGUUUAUACACUGUACCUGCCUUAAAGUGUGGAUGUGUCAGUGUGUCCUUAUUUACGCAUACACAUCCCCUCAUUAUCUGUGAGAUAUUUGUGUCUGUGUGAUGGGACCUGUUCUAUUGCAUGUACACUAUCUGAUUAAAAAUACACUUGAUAUCAUAUAAACAAAGUAAAUUUAUCCUACAAAUGGUCGUGUCAGCUUUCAAGGUGGAAAUAACUUAUUUUUUUAUUUUUAUUUUUGAAAGAGCAUUAGUAAAAAAAAAAUAAUUAAAAAAAUAAAACAAUGCAGGGAUGUAUUUUAGAAAGAUUAUCCUUCAAAUGUUGUGCUAAUCUCUUAAAGCAACACUCUACUAUUAUAAGUGCAGGGAUAGAGUAUUUAAGCACCAAAACCAUGUCAUGUAAAUGUAGCGGUUUUGGCGCAGUUUUACUUAAAUACAUACAUUUAGAUAUCAACAUAUGUAUCAUCUAUCUAUCUAUCUCUGUCUGUUUGUCUAUCUAUCUAUCUAUCUAAUCUAUCUAUCUAUCUAUCUAUCUAUCUAAUCUAUCUAUGUCUGUUUGUCUAUGUAUCUAUGUAUGUAUGUAUGUAUCUAUCUAUCUAAUUUAAUCUAUCUCUGUCUGUUUGUCUGUCUAUCUAUCUAUCUAUCUAUCUAUCUAAUCUAUCUCUGUCUGUAUGUCUAUGUAUCUAUGUAUGUUUGUCUGUCUAUCUAUCUAUCUAUCUAUCUAUCUAUCUAUCUAUCUAUCUAUCUAAUUUAAUCUAGCUCUGUCUGUUUGUCUGUCUGUCUAUCUAUCUAUCUAUCUAUCUAAUCUAUCUCUGUCUGUAUGUCUAUGUAUCUAUGUAUGUAUGUAUGUAUCUAUCUAUCUAUCUAUCUAUCUAAUUCUAUCUAUCUAGCUCUGUCUGUGUGUCUAUGUAUCUAUGUAUGCAUGUAUGUAUGUAUCUAUCUAUCCAUCUAUCUAUUUAUCUAUCUAUGUCUGUAUAUCUAUCUAUCUAUCUAUCUAUCUAAUCUAUCUCUGUCUGUCUACCUAUCUGCCUGAUCGACGGACGGACUAUCUAUCUAUCAAUCUAUCUAUCUAAUCUAUCUCUGUCUGUGUGUCUGUCUAUCUAUCUAUCUAUCUCUGUCUGUGUGUCUGUCUAUCUAUCUAUCUAUCUCUGUCUGUGUGUCUGUCUAUCUAUCUAUCUAUCUAUCUAUCUCUGUGUAUCUAUCUCUGUGUAUCUAUCUAUCUAUCGAUCUAUCUAUCAGUUUGUCUGUCUAUCUAUCUAUUUAUCUAUCAAUCUAUUAAUCUAAGUUUGUCUCUCUUUCUGUCCAUCCAAUCACAGCUCCAUCUAUUUAGUACAUAUAAUUGACCUAUACACUCCAUAUGACCAUAGGAGCUGAACGAAGGACAGAUCCCCAUAUAGUUUUUCAUUGUAGGGUCCCUCAGGGUUAAUGAACUGACAUCAUGAUUAAAGCUGACCAUUUGUAAUGUGUCUAAUACAGUGCAGGGCUCUGAAAAGGUUAAUGUGCUGAAAGAGGAGACCUUUUAAACCACACCUGCCCCUCAUCUGGACAAGGAUUCAGAGAGAAGGGGGCUUAGGAAGAGAGGCAAAUGAAAAAAAAAAAUAGCAAUAAAUGCAACAAAUAAGAAGAAUCUGAUCAUUCAGUAACAGUGAGGAGGGGAUGGAAGACAAAUGCACCACUUCAGUAUAUAAUACUGAGAAAUAAACAAUAAAACCUAUGAAAGACAGACAGGUUGAGUACAGAAAGCAGAAUAGAACACAGAACUAUGGUAGGAUGAUCAGAAGAAGGUGGCGGAAUCGGAUAAGAAACUGGGUGUUUUUAUCCUAAAUCAAUUAUUCUAUUAGCUUAUGUUAUCAAGUGAAUAUUUAAAUAUUAGCCUUCUGGUCAAAGAACAGAUGUCAUGUUACAGCUAUUUAAUGACCAAUACAAGCACGUUAUUCUAUAUAACAUGAGUUAUCAGGAGCUAAUGAAAAUAUCAUUUGAAAUUAAGCAGACAUUAGUCUCUAUUUAUUCCUGCAUUGCCAUUUUUCUAAUACAAAUGAGAACUUCUGACUUGUUAGUUUGGUAGCACAUUAUGAGAUCAUUGGUCAAUAGUGAUGUCCCGAACGGUUCGCCAUGGACGGCGAAUAUAUGCGCUGUUCGGUCCGCCCCCUAUUCGUCAUCAUUGAGUAAACUUUGACCCUGUACCUCACAGUCAGCAGACACAUUCCAGCCAAUCAGCAGCAGACCCUCCCUCCCAACCCUCCCACCUCCUGGACAGCUCACUAAGAAUGCAGCUUCAAAAUGGAUGCUGUCCAGGAGGUGGGAGGGUCUGGGAGGGAGGGUCUGCUGCUGAUUGGCUGGAAUGUGUCUGCUGACUGUGAGGUACAGGGUCAAAGUUUACUCAAUUAUGAUAUAGGGGGCGGACCGAACAGCGCAUAUGUUUGCCGUCCGCGGCGAACCGUUCGGCUAACCGUUCGGGACAUCACUAUUGGUCAAUGUUGGUAUGUUCCAUAGAUGUCUAUUUACACCCUGGAUGUGUGUAAACUGCAUUUCCCAAAGUGCUAUCUGAUAGCCUAAUGUUAUUUCACGAAAAUCUCAGAGUUUUGAAAAAAAUUUAACAAAAGUGGGGAGACUCUGGGAAAAAAACUAUUACGAAGUUGUUCGCUAAUGUCAUCCACUCCGGGGAGGUAUUGGUGGCAUUCCCUUCGCACAAACACUUUGACAUUUAUGGGUGGGAGUUAUUGGUUAAUUUUUUAGAAAAACGGUUUCUGUGGCUUAGCAAGUAUUUUUGAAUUUGAUAAGUAUCUGAUGGUACAGUUGUUCUGUCUUCGACUCUUCUUGCUUGACAAAGACCCAUUUGUGGGUUGAAACGUUACAUGGUACCUUCUGUUCUAACAAAUUUGCCUGAAGCUGCUGGAGUGCCUGGACCUCUUUUCUAUUUUUGGUAUUUACAUUUAAUGUGCUUAUGCUGGGGCAUGGUCCACUUUAGCACCCUUGGCUUUUUUGUGGAUUAAGUGUGGUUCCUAUGGGUAUAUUUAAACUCAUCUUCAGCACCAUUGUGAUAGCCGAAGCAUAAAUAUUCAAUAUAUGAUAUAGUGUCUUUUUUCACCGAACCGACAACAGUGUUGUUGAAAAGUAUUGGAAUGAUGAGAUUGUAUUGUACCCCUUUUUGUCUUAAACUGAGUCAUGUAUUCACGUACGAUUUUUACUGAGACGUUUUAGUAAGAGAGGAACUUACGUUGUCCUUGCGUUGGGAUACAACUGGUAAGAAGAAUCGCCACAUAGAGAGCAUCAUUACACAAAAAUUGAAUUUUUAUUUUUAAUUUAUCUUCUUCCUGAACGUCGUAUGAGUGUUUGUUAAAUUUUAUUUGUCACAGUGUGAAUUUGCAAACAUAUUCUUUGAAGGUGGAUCUAUAAAGGUUUAAAAUGUAUACAUUUUCACAUAAAACCUCCUACCAUAUAUCAAUUACCAUGAAUAAAUUAUUGAUAAUGAAAAGCUGGGUAAGCAUGCUGGGAAUUGUAGUCUACAGCGAGACAAGCCUAGCCUCUGCUCUGCAUUGCAGCGGCUGACAUUGCUGGGAGUUGUAGAAUGGAUUAAAAUGUGCCUUAAAGAAAAAUUAAAAACAGUAUUUAACACAAAAAUAGCAUAAUAAAAAAUACAAAAUGAAAUGAUUUCAUUAAUACGUUUUACUUCAAAAGCCUCUAGAGUAGGCCUAAAAAUAGUUUAACACUGUGACCAGAUAGGGGGCAUUACGUUUAGAUCAAUAAACCAUUUCCACCAAAUGCAACAUUAUUUCACAAAUCUUCUCUUUUUCUCCCCAAUAAACAGGCCACGUAACCUGAUGAGCUGGGGAGGGGGCUGGGUGACAAUGUAUCACUGCUAGGUUUGGGUGAUACUGUAUGAGUAUAUCUGGUAUGAAAUGAUGCGGGUUCGAAUUCCAGGCGCCAGACACUUGUCUCUCAUCUCCCACCAUCCAGCAAUCAUAUACACAAAUCAGCAAAGAGGGGGUGUGAAAGCAAUGGGGGCUCUGGAAAUGCAGUAAUACAUUAAAGUGACAGUAAAACCUCAUGACAACCCCACAUCAUAUUACUACAUUAAAGGCAAUAUUUAUUACAAUAUGUAUGUUGAGUUACAUUAAACCGAGCCAAUAUAUCUAUGCUAUGCAGCUUGCUUUUAUACUCACAAGGGUUAUUUACUAAUGUGAGCAUCCAAAGUGAAUUCCAAAUGUAAGGCCAGACUAGGCGACCUAGAAGCAUAGCUGACUAAGAGGAUUUUUCCAGCUAGGCUAUUUUGAACUUAAAUUUGAAAUUCACUUGGAAUUCUCACUUUAUUGAAUAGCCCUGUCAGUGUUACCUCUAAAUAAAUCAGACUGCAUGUUUAGACUGACAGCCUUAAAGAAAAUCGUAAAGACAAUCCCAGAAAACCAUCAGUGGUGGGCUGCUCAGGGUGUGUCGGUAGCUGACUUUUUCUCAUUGCUACAGUAAGCAAACUUUUUUUUUUUAAAUUAGAUAAAUCAAUGGAAAGAGUCUAGUUAGGAUUCCCUCUGUUGAUUGUAGUUAAAAGGAGUAUAUUUCACUUCUUUAACCCCUUAAGGACACAUGACAUGUGUGACAUGUCAUGAUUCCCUUUUAUUCCAGACGUUUGGUCCUUAAGGGGUUAAGAGAAAGACACUUAAAGCUCGAAGCUCAGCAGAAAGGCUUUGCUAUGGACUUUCUGCUGAAAUAUUAGCCUAACAUUGAAAAAUUAUUACACUUGUGCAGUGCAAGAAUAUUUGACUCGGCCUAUCCAUUUUUGCAGAAAACAGAUUUUUUUUGGGGGGGAUGGCGGAAUUUCAGUUUGGCGCAGCAGAAUUUCGGUACCUGAAAAACUGAUUCGGGAACUGAAUUAUACGAACUAAAAGGAUACGAAAAUCGACCAAUAGGUGUACUGGAAAAUGUAUAAAUAAUAUCUUAAACACAACAAAAACAUGUAUUCCUGACACUAUAAUCCUGAAGUAGCUGUUUAGGUGAUUGCCCCACUCCAAUUUUACUCACCUUUUCUCCCAUGCCGCACCUGUCUCAUCGUGGCUGCAUGGCUGAGAUCAUCAAUCUUGAUGCUCUCAGCCAAUCCAAUGUUUUCCAUUGGAAAUUAUUGGGAAGGUACAGCGCAUGCGCUGAGCCAUUCAAUUUCUCCUCAUAGUGAUGCAUUGAAUCAAUCCAUCUCUACUUGGAACGUUCAGUGCCUCCAUGCAGAGAGUGGACAUGCUGAACGCCAGUGAGAUACACUGCACAGCACUGUACAUGGAAACACCUCUAGUAGACAUCUGAGUGACUGCCACUACAGGUGUUGAUAGACAGUAAUGUAAACACUUUACAUUGCUCAGCCUGUAGGACCAGGGUAUAGACACUAGAACAUCUACAUUAAUCUGUAGUGGUUUUGGUGACUAUAGUGUCCCUUUAGUGAGAAAAAGUAGCCAACAGCAGGAAAAAGAAGAGUAGCAGUGAUAAAAAGAAAGUCUAUAUUUAUAUAAUGUAUAUUUAUUAAAUGUAACUUACACAUAUAUAGAUAUAGAUUUUUCCUACUUUUCCCCCUCUACUUCUCACAUGAUCUGUGAAUAAAAUCAAUAUUUAGUUACUGUCCCCUAACCGUCAAUCACCUGUUCUUCCCCAUAAAUCAUCCUUAUUUUGAAACCACACUCUGAGUUCAGAAUCACGAAUGAAAACAUGCUCGGCCACUGCAUGUUUCGGUUGGUUUGCGAUUCGGGUACAUUUCGGCUCAGAGUUCGGUAAUUCGACCGAUCAUCCGAUUGUCCCAAAUUCAGAGUAAUUGCAGUUCGGAACAAAACUAAUCUCCAAGUUUAGAAAUUACGUUUUAGUUCAGGUUGUGCUGGUAAUACUGCCAGUAUUUGAUAAACUUGAAAUUUUGGAUGAAAUAUAGUGACUUAAAAUACUUUGACGUAAAGCUAGUUUAGACCAUGCUGUCAAGCAGUUUACCAAUUAAUGUAAUAACAUUUGUCUGUUCAGCAUCCCUCUGGUAGUGUAUUUAGUUGGAUCAUGUAAUUGGACACUGAGACUUUGCUCAAUUCUGUUGAGGCACCACGUUAACCCUGACAUUAACCAUUGAGAAAAUACUGGGGCUCUCUCUUGUUAAUAGGGAGCCCUGCUGACCUUAUAGUGAAUGAAAGUCCUCAUCUCACCACCCAGGAGAUGUGGCAUAGCUGGAGGACCAUCUGUUCCCCUGCUCCAUGUGCUAGACCACUUCCUACUGCACAUGGAUUUUGAAGUUAGAAGGCCAUUGAGAAGGGACCCCUCUAGUUAAGUGAGGUUUUAGGGGCCCCACUAUUUUCCAGCCCUCACCAUCAAUUAUGGUGUCAAGAAUAGAGAGUAAACUGUAAGUUGCCCCCCACCCUCUCCAAUCAAAUGUGAGGAACAUCAAAAAGAUUAUACCAGAUGUUCAAACCUUGAUUAAUCAACCAUUUUAGUUUCAGGAGCCUCCUACAUUCUGGUAUUUAGUAAAUUGUUGACUUACCAUGCUAGUACAGCAUAUUGGUUGUUUUUCAAGCAGUGCUUAACUUCAGUUGACCGGAGAGUGACUCUUGCAACCCUUUUGGUUUACCUGAUAGGAAAACAUAAAGAUUAUAAUUUUACAGUAUCAGGUAUACAUUAUUACAGGGGUAGGCAACCUUCGGCACUCCAGAUGUUGUGGACUUCAUCUCCCAUAAUGCUUUUACAACCAUAAAGCUGGCAAAGCAUCAGGCGAGAUGUAGUCCACAGCAUCUGACCUGAUGAAGGUCACCUACAACAGUGAUUAUUGUAUUGUGCGGCAGAAAUCAAAUCUAAGGUCCAGUACUGUAUAUGUAAUAAAAUAAAUUAAUUAUGUGAUGAAUACAUAUACAAAAAAAAGCUGUUUAUAUGAUCUUAUAAACCGGAUUAAAUUCUAGUAAUUACAAUACAGUGAGAAUUCUCUUUGCCUCUCCCCUAUAAUAAAAACAUAUAUAAAAAUAAUUAGAGAACCCUGUGCAGCAGUUUAAUGCAUAACCAAUUUUGGGGCAAAUUGUCCCACUUAGAGAAUUCACAAUAAAAACCAGAUGACAGUUCUUGCUACAGUCUCUAGAUUUGGACUUGGCAAAUAAGUUGUAAAAGUGGUUUGCCAGGAUGAAUACACUGAUAUUUGCACUUCUUAUAAAUGUAUUCUUACAAAUGUAUUCUCUGACACAAAGUUUAUGUCUACUGUAAAUAUCAAUAGAAAUUUUCUUAUUCUCACCUUUAUCCAUAAUUCUACUGUGACAUUCAUAUUUCAUAAAAUCAUCUAAUAUUAAUCCUCCUUAAUUUCCAGUCCUGUCUAAAGUAAAUUUAUCUAACUAGUAUACACAUAUGUAUUUAGUUCCCCAGAGCAGAUUCAUGGGAAUAUGGUAGAGUUUUUAUUUUUUUAUAAACAAUAUUUCCUUCCAUUUCCAUAUGUUCUUCAAACUGCUGAAUACUCUGACAUUAAUAAGUGGGAUAUAAAUUCAGUGUAUUUCCUUAAUGUUGAUUAUCUUCACAUUCAUUGUGGGCUGACAAUAUGUAACAAACUAAUAAUGUGAGUUAGAUGGGAAAUUAGAUGGGAGAUUUGUUAGGAUAACACAUGUAACUUAUUUUCCUUUAUUUUUUUAUUUUAUCUUAUUAAACUGACAGAUGAUGGCUAGUUGGAUAGAUAAACAGAGAGAAAGAAAGGCAGUGAGGGUUAAAGACAGAAAGAGAGAAAUAUAGCCAGAAAAAAAGAGAUAUAUCUGUGAAUUGUUGAGUGCAGGGUUGUAGAGUCUCAGUAUAAAGUAAAGGUAUUUUGAGAGUUGCCCAGAAAGCCUUUCCUUGCUGUUACCUGCAGGGGAUACAAGGUAGCUAUCCCAUCCAUUGGACUGAAGGCAGGCGCUUCCACUACAUGGCAGGAGCACUCAUUCAGUCAGUGUCCCAAGUCUCUGUCCCUUACUUUAUGAAGGCAGAAGCAUGGGGAGAAGGGAUUCCAGAGGAAUUUCAUUUUUGUCCGGGAUGGCAGCGUUCUGUGAUUGGUUCUGUUUAGCUGAGUUUUUCAUGCAAAUAUAACCACACCAGCAGGCUGCCUGGAGAGCAGUGGGGACUGCUGUUGUAGAGGGCAGGGCUGCAGUCUGUCUGUGUGUGUGUGUGUGUGUGUGUGUGUGUGUGCAAACUGGAAGCAAAGAGACCCCCUGAUAAAAUCAUCACCCCCUCCUCCUCCACCCCACCCCCACACCUUUCACUCAAGCUUCAUCCUCCUCAUCCUCUCCUGUUCCUUCCUAUGCUACCAGGAUGAGCAGUAAAGAAGAGGCCAGUAAGUGUGUCCCAGCCACUCUGUCAACCUUCACCAUCCAGUCCAUCCUGCAGGGCACCACGUCUGACCGAGGGAGAGCCAGUGCCAGGGUUUAUACCAGAGAGCCAGUCUCAUGCCAGGAGACCAGCCCUGCAUCAUCCUCAGAUGAAGAGGAGGCAGAGGAAGAAUGGAGAGGGCAUGGGUGCUGUUGCCCUGACAAUGGGACCAAGGAUUCUAAGGGACUAACUACCCACACCUGCCUACCCCACAGGUGCCCCAGUAAGUACCUACCUCCUCCUUAUCCUGUUCUGUCUAAUGAAUCCUCUCUCUAGGGACCCAUUCACUGCCUAUUGUUUGGUGCCUAGGACAGAGAACUGAAGACUUUUUUUUAAAUGAAAGAUCCAAAAAAUGUAUCUAAACAAUUCUGCAACUCCAGAUCUUCAUCAGAAUUAAACAAGGGAAUAAAAAAAGACUAGAAAAUUAAUUAAAGGGCUAUUUCUCCGCCUCGUUUACUUUAGAACCAGCAGCAUUCAAUAAAAUAGGUGUAUAUAUAUAUAUAUAUAUAUAUAUAUAUAUAUAUAUAUAUAUAUAUAUAUAUAUAUAUAUAUAUAUAUAUAUAUAUAUAUAUAUAUAUAUAUAUAUAUAUAUAUUUAUAUAUAUAUAUAUAUAUAUAAAUAUUAAUGUCAGUGUGUUUUUGGUUGUAUUUUUUUUUUUGUAUAUGGCAAACGAGAGAAACAUUAGAUCAGAUAGUAUCUGUUCUAGAACGGAAAGAGAAAUGUUGAGAGUGGAGAUCAGUGAUCUCUGUCUAGCCUGCCGAAUAAUUUCACAAAUAUUAACAUUACUUUGUAAUGUCUUGUACUCAGUGCAAUUAUUUAACAUGAAAAUAUGAUUUAUUAUUAUUAUUAUUAUUAAAAAAUAUUUAUAGUUGCUGUGGUGUAUAGUAUACAGAUCAAAUUAUUUUCAUUCUGUGAUUUUAUUUUGUUACCCAGAAUGUUAUAUAAAAUAUUAUAUAUAUAAAUAUGUAAUGUUUUAUAUAUGACAUGCUCGGUGUGUGUGUGUGAUGAUUCAGUGUUAGCAAUGUACAUGUGGAAAUAAAUAUGUUGAGCAUAGACUACAAUUCUCACUAGUCACAUAUAAUAAAAAUGUAUCAAUGCUUGCUCAAGUCAGAUUUCAAUAAAUAAUUUUACUGACUCUAGUAUCAUUCAAUAGAUCCCGAGCCUCUCCAAAAACGGGUUUAUUUAAAAGAGCACCCCCUGGUGAGACACUGGGGCAACACCAGUAAGACAUUUUAGCAUUUGAUUCGUGAACUAGAAAACCCUUUUUCUCCGAAUGCAGUAAUAUUUAUUAUUAUUACUGCUAUUUAUAAAGCGCCAACAGAUUCCGCAGCGCUGUACAAUUAGUGGGAAAAAGUACAAUAUACACAGACAAUACAAGGGGUAGAGAGAGCCCUGCCUGUAAGCUGAUAUCUAGCCAUUGGAGCUCUUUUAUACAAAGUGCUUGGCUAGAUGGCCCGUGAGCUUACAAUCUAAAGCUACUUGGCAUUAUUUGCACUGAUUUUUCUGAAAUUCUGGAGGUUUAACGCGUUGAUUACCAGAGUUUAAUUAUAAAGUACUUUGUUAUUGUGUUAGAUAGGUUUUUUUUUUCAUAGAGUGCAAUUUGUCAUUUUUAGAAAAAAAAACCUAGCCCAGUUUUUAAAGGCUAUAUGAUGUAUUUUCAUUCUUUAAUUUGCAAUAGGUGUAAAAAAUUAAGUAAUAUUUCAUUCUAAAUCCAGAGACUGAAACGUACAAUCCAAAGAGAAUUGGGAUCUAUUAUUUCUGUAGUGUCAUUAAUUAAAAAUGGUAAAAUACAGCAUAAAUAACGAAGCUGUUAGUAGUUAACGAGAACCUUAGGGGUGCUAGCCUUAAAUAAAUCACCACAUUGCAAUGGGGAGCUGUUUUGUUUAGUUAGACUCAUUAGUCUCACACAUAUUAUUCACGUUUUUACGCCUAUAAAAUAAAUGAUGCUACUGGCUUCAUGCUUAAUACAGAGUGCAUUGCAUAGUCUCUGGUAGCAGAGGGGUCAGUAAUAUGUGCUGAUAAUAAAAGUGAUAUCUUGUAUCUCUUGCAGACACUACUCAAGGUCCACACAGUACAGAGAGGCUUCAGGUCCCAUCUCCAACCCAACAGGACUUCCCAGGGGACAAAAACAGACGUUUCACCCCAAACACCCCUUCCUCAGCAGAGAGGCACAGGGAUGGAGGGGACAGGCAAGUGAACUCUAAGAAGAAGACUAGGACAGUGUUUUCCAGAAGUCAGGUAUACCAACUGGAGUCCACCUUUGAUAUGAAAAGAUACCUGAGCAGCUCUGAGAGGGCUUGCUUGGCAUCAAGUCUUCAGCUGACAGAAACCCAAGUCAAAACCUGGUUCCAAAACCGAAGAAACAAGUGGAAAAGACAGUUAUCAGCCGAAUUAGAGGCUGCUAACAUGGCCCAUGCAUCUGCACAGACUUUGGUGGGAAUGCCCUUGGUCCUCAGAGACAACUCCAUUCUGAGAGUCCCUGUACCCAGAUCUAUCACCUUCCCAGCUCCCAUCUAUUACCCAGGCAGUAACAUGUCCAUACCUCUUUAUAAUAUAUACAACAAACUGGAAUAUUAACUGUACCUCUACAGAAACUGUGAGGAACCGAGAUACCUUAAGCUGCUGAUACAAACACAUUCCCCCCAAAAAAACUCACCUCCUCAUCUGUGAAUGGUCAAAUUAAACAUGUUUUGUUUUCCCACAAAGGAUAGUACAUACACCAUGUGUAUACUCCAACCUGUCUGCUUUAUGUUUGAGAUAAUUUUCUGCAUAUAUUUUGUAUGUUUUAUUUAAGCAGGUACAUAUGAAUUAUUAUUCUUUUUUUUAUUACAGACAUCAACAUUUUUCCCCCUUACAAUUUUCUAAACUUAAAAUGCCUGUAAAUGUAUAAAAACAAAAACAAAUCAUUAAGUCAAUAGUUCUUUCCAUGGGACAGGAAAACCGCUAUUGCUAAAAGAAUGG